UUUUCUAAGUCACCUGUGAGCCGAAAGAAAGUAAAGAUCUAGCACUCAGCUUUCAUUUGAACAUUUUUACAUCAGAAUCUAAUUGUGUUUUAAAAACGGGGAUACGCGAAAAAAAAAAUUAAGGCACUUUAAUAGGCAUUAAAAAAGAGUGCGUAUGUCUCUGCCUUAACUAUACAAGCCGAAUACAUGUCUGUCUUCGCAUUCAAAACUUGAUUUAUUUUUGAGAAAUUGAAAACGACUCCCAUAAAAUGACUCAAACAAAGCAUCGCUUAUAAGGCUAAUAAAAAUAUAGGUAUACACAAAGUUACUUUAAUAUAUAAGACAAGUUUGUUUUUUGAAUACCAGGACAGUAUCGUCCAGAAGUCGUCGCCAGGGCUGUACGUAAAUAGUAAUCAUUCACCGCUGUGAUAAGAUAGCGACGCUGUCCUAAUCUAUGGUAAAUAUUAAGGAACAGCUAAAUCCAGGUAAUGCUAAGCAAGUGAUUCAUUGUAGAAUACUAUCUGGUAAGAGAUAAAGGGAAAAGAAAGGGUUACUGUGAGUUGAAAAGAAAUCCAGACUUUCUGACGUUAGAGUCCAGAUGCGAGGGCUGCUUGCGAUCGUCAACCGAGCAUGAAAACUCGGAGCGCCCUCCCCCACUAGAAUUCAAUUGGACGAGCCGCCUCCGGGACGCGUUCAGCCAAGCACGGGAAGAGUGGCGAUUGGAUAAAGGAGACGUCUGUUAGCAGGAAAUCCCCGCCCCCCCCUCCACCGGGAUAGGGUGAUCGUAUAGCAAACCCAUCCUGGACAGCUCCAGCUGCUUAAACAGAAUACGUAGGAGGAGGAGAGGGCUCGGACAUGGCGAGAAUCAGCACUGGCCCGUCUGAUAGAGAUCGGUAAUUUUUUUUUAUUUCAAAAACCCGAGAGGCCUUAGAAAAAAAACCCCAAUAAAACUCAUCCCUGGCACAAAAACAUAAAAUAGAUCAAUGGACUGAAUGAAGACUGCCUACAACGCCUAUAGAUGCCUGGCCAAGGAUCUGGAUGCUUACGCCAUGAACCCAGAGAUGACAAUGGACAGUAUUGGCAAUCUACAUGGUGGAGUAAGCCAUGAGCAGGAUUUGAUGAGCAGUCACAGUCCCCACCACGACCGAAACACGGGGGCUUCUUUACGGAUACAUCAGGAUUUGGCUACUGCAUCUUCAAGAUCCGCUAUGGUGUCUAGCAUGGCUACGAUCCUGGACGGAGCCGCAGAGUACCGACCGGAAUUGUCUCUCCCGCUUCAUCACGCCAUGAGCAUGCCGUGCGACACAUCCCCGCCCGGGAUGGGCAUGAGCGGCACCUACACCACGUUAACUCCACUCCAACCCCUACCCCCCAUUUCUACGGUGUCCGACAAAUUCCACCACCCUCAUCACCACCAUCACCACCACCACCACCAGCGUCUCUCUGGGAACGUAAGCGGGAGUUUCACGCUGAUGCGGGACGAGAGGGGUUUACCAGCAAUGAACAAUCUCUACAGCCCCUACCAUAAGGACAUGACAGGGAUGGGUCAAAGCUUAUCCCCCCUGGCCAGCAGCCCCCUCGGCAACGGCUUGGGCUCCAUCCACAACACCCAGCAAAGUCUCCACAACUACGGCGCCCACGGGCACGACAAGAUGCUGGGCUCCAACUUCGAUGCCCACACUGCCAUGCUGGCCAGGGGCGAUCAGCACCUCUCCCGAGGCCUUGGUGGCCCCUCGGCAGGUAUGAUGCCGCAUUUGAACGGGAUGCACCACACUGGUCACCCGGGCCACCCUCAAUCCCACGGGCCCGUGUUGGCUUCCAGCCGGGACAGACCGCCCUCCUCCUCUGGAACGCAAGGUAACAAUUCGGGGCAGCUUGAAGAGAUCAACACCAAAGAGGUGGCACAGCGGAUCACCGCGGAACUGAAGCGGUACAGCAUCCCCCAGGCUAUCUUCGCCCAGCGGGUGCUGUGUCGCUCGCAGGGGACCCUUUCCGACCUCUUAAGGAACCCCAAACCUUGGAGUAAACUUAAAUCUGGGAGGGAGACCUUCAGGAGAAUGUGGAAAUGGCUUCAAGAACCCGAAUUCCAGAGGAUGUCGGCCUUACGGCUAGCAGGGAGUUACUGUAAUCAAGAUGAGGCAGCACAGCGACUUAUGAUUUCUGCAUGCAAACGCAAAGAGCAAGAUCCAGGCAAAGACAGGAGCAAUACACCAAAGAAAUCCCGUCUGGUUUUUACUGACCUCCAGCGCCGAACGCUUCUCGCCAUCUUCAAGGAAAACAAGCGACCGUCUAAGGAGAUGCAGAUCACAAUCUCUCAGCAGCUGGGUUUGGAGCUGACGACCGUCAGCAACUUCUUCAUGAAUGCCCGGCGGCGGAGCCUGGACAAGUGGAUGGACGAAGGGAGCCCAGGAGCAGCGUCCUCUGCGUCCAGCACUUGUACCAAAGCGUGAUCG